AUGGGCUCCGUUCAACCUGAAUACAAGAACCAGGCCACUGCCACUCUUCUGGAGUUGGUCAAGUCCCGCCGCUCAUACUACGGUCUUAAGGCCGAGAGCCCCGUCUCCGACGAUGUCAUUGAGAGCAUCGUUCGCGACUCCGUUCUUCACGUUCCCAGCUCCUUCAACACCCAGACCUCCCGUGUUGUUCUCCUGCUGAAGGAGGAGCACCAGAAGGUGUGGGAUAUCGCCAUCCAGGCUAUGGAGGGCCUUGUGGCUGCUGGCCAUGUUCCUAAGGAGCAGUUCGAGACAUCUACUAAGCCUAAGUUGAACAGCUUCCGCGCUGCAUAUGGAACUGUCCUCUUCUUUGUUGACUUUGACUCUCUCGCUCCUAUCAAGGAGAAAUUCGCUCUCUACGCGGACAAGUUCAACCCCUUCGCCCUGGAGUCGAACGCCAUGUCCCAGUUCCUGGUUUGGACCGCCCUUGAGUCCGAGGGCUUCGGUGCCAACCUCCAGCACUACAGCCCCCUGAUCGAUGAGCAGAUCACUAAGACCUGGGACCUGCCUGCCUCAUGGAAGUUGGAUGCCCAGCUCGUCUUCGGUACUCCUACUGCCGAGCCUGGCGAGAAGGCCUUUGCUCCUAUUGAGGACCGCUUCAAGGUUUUCGGUAAAUGA